AUGUGCUGCAUCAGGCCGCCUCACGUUUCAGUCGCUACGAUAUUUGAAAUAUCGCCAUACAUGUAUAUUUGUAAUGUACUGCUCAUAAGGUUGCUGAAAAUCCAUCGACAGCCCACGGCCGGUUUUGCUCCUCUAGGGGCUCAUCAGCACCUCUGGAGGCGUGGACGUGGCCGAAUGGGUGGCAUUCUGCCAUUGUGGCAAAAGCGCUGCUGGGUUGGUCGAAAUCUGUGGCAGUCGCGGCGCUUCAGUGAUCGGUCGUCGAUCAGGAGGACGUCGCCAACCUACCUCAAAGUGUCAGAGGAACUUACCAGAAUCGUCUUCCAUAGUGCCUUCCAAAUACUUAAACAUCAGAUGUCAACUCAUACUGGGACGAUGUUGCCAACACUUUGCUUGUGGCACGACGCUACCAAACCACUAAAUCAACUGGAUAUCAGACUAAACAGUGGUACUGCACAAAUCUCAAAGAAAUAUCCUCUACCGUCCCGAACAUACCUUGACCCGACGAGAUAG